AUGAGUGCGCUCCAUCUGAGCCUCCGCUGUGAAGAAGAUGAAGAAGAUGAAAAAUCAGCAUCUGCAGACAUGCUGUACAUGAGCAGAAGAGCUCUGAAGAACAUCUCAGCAUCGGUGUUAAACACGACACAUCUAAAGAGCUUGUAUCUGGAGGGGAAUGAGAUCAGCAGCCUUCCUGAGCGUUUCUUCAGCAGUUUGAUGUCUCUUGUCUGGUUGGAUGUGAGAAACAAUCGACUCACAGGUUUACCAGCAGCCAUCGGUAAACACAGAUGCUUGAAGACCUUACUGUUGGAGGGCAAUCCGAUCUCGGCACUUCCUCCAGAGCUGGGUCACGUGAUCACGCUGAAGGCCUUGAGUCUGAGGAAUUGUCCGCUCACGUUUCCUCCUCGGGACGUCUUGAGCCGCGGCCUGCCUUCCAUCCUCCAUUACUUGCGCUCCUCACAACUGGGUGAAGAGGCUCCUGCCGUGGAGAAGCUGCGUCUGUCUGAACUGGAUCAGUGUGAGGACGAUGAGCUGGAGAUACUGCGCUUUCAGGAGCUCCGGCGCAGGAUGAUCCAGAUGGACCGGGCUGAAUUAGGGUCGGCCGGCGACGGAGCAACCAGAACACAGCAUCAGGAGCUACAGAGCCGGAUCCCAUCACCAGACCUCAUCUCAUUAGCAGCUGCUUUAUUAGACUCUGCUGCUGAUUAA